CCGGGGUGUUUGAACAGGAAGGCGGACAUGUUGGUCAGGCUGUGGGAGAAAAUCGGGCAUCGUCUGCUGUUUUUUUCCGAAAACUAACACAUAUUUAAAGCCGAUUUGUAUGCCUUGACCUGAGAGAUGUAUCUGUGUGGACGGGAAACAGUCGAUGACAGUGCACGGGAUGCCGCGGAAUGACUGCCGUUAAACGUUGUAACGACUCCGUGUUCAAACUGAUCGAAAUUUGGAAGAAGCAGAAGUUUUUUUCCCACCACUUCUACUUUUGAGCUGUCAGAAUCUAUUGUCGUUUUCUGCAAGGGCCUGGCAAAAUAUGGGAACGAGUCUGGACUAACAUAUCCGUAAACUGUGCUUUUCAAAAAGACAUUACAUCUAACUUUUAAUUGCCUUUUGUUUGGAUGCACCAACAUUUUAAGCCCUUAUCCUCAGUGGCAUCCUGCGGAGGCUGACUAAUCUGUCGCCGACUUUAUCUUUUGCCACUGAAGUUGUUUGCAAGGAAAACAUCUUUCGACUCUGAAAAUGUGGCUUUUGUACAUUCAACGCAAUCUUAAACGUUUCAUCGUCUGUGAAAGCUGCAGGAGAACGAUGUAUUUUCUUUGAAGUGCCGUGUAAAGUUCACACGAAGAAAGGAACAUUUGGCUAGCUAGCUACUGCUGGCUGCUGCUAAAGCUAGCUAGCCAGCCUUCUGCCUCGCCAGUGAGCUGUUUUUGUUCACAACCCAACAUCGGAGCUGACUUUAACAGCAAACAUGUCUGCUGGGGAAAGCAUGGCGGCUCGAUUUGAAAAAAUCGAUGCCAUGUUGAAGGACCCAAAGUCAGAAGUAAACACGGAUUGUCUUCUGGAUGGCUUGGACGCACUGGUGUAUGACCUUGACUUUCCUGCCCUGAGGAAAAACAAGAGCAUUGACAACUUUUUGAGUAGAUAUAAGGAAACCAUUAGUAAAAUCCGUGAUCUACGCAUGAAAGCGGUGGACUAUGAGGUGGUUAAAGUUAUUGGGAGAGGAGCAUUUGGAGAGGUGCAACUGGUGAGACACAAAGCAACACGCAAAGUAUACGCCAUGAAGCUGCUGAGCAAGUUUGAAAUGAUCAAGAGGUCGGACUCUGCUUUCUUCUGGGAGGAGAGAGACAUCAUGGCUUUUGCCAACAGCUCAUGGGUGGUGCAGCUAUUUUUUGCAUUCCAAGAUGACCGCUACCUCUACAUGGUGAUGGAAUACAUGCCGGGCGGCGACUUGGUUAACUUGAUGAGCAACUAUGACGUCCCGGAGAAGUGGGCCCGCUUCUACACAGCUGAGGUUGUCCAGGCUUUGGACGGAAUCCACUCCAUGGGCUUCAUUCACAGGGACGUAAAGCCUGAUAACAUGUUGCUAGACAAAGCAGGCCACCUAAAACUGGCAGACUUCGGGACCUGCAUGAAAAUGAACAAGGAUGGUAUGGUACGAUGUGACACAGCAGUGGGAACUCCAGACUACAUUUCGCCGGAGGUACUGAAAUCUCAAGGGGGAGAUGGCUAUUAUGGCAGGGAGUGUGACUGGUGGUCAGUGGGAGUGUUCCUGUACGAAAUGCUUGUCGGCGACACUCCUUUCUAUGCAGACUCCCUGGUGGGGACCUACAGCAAAAUUAUGAACCACAAGAAUGCCCUGACCUUCCCCGACGACAGCGACAUCUCCAAUGACGCCAAGAAUCUCAUCUGUGCUUUCCUAACUGACAGGGAAGUUCGACUUGGCCGUAAUGGUGUCGACGAAAUCAAGAGGCAUCCUUUCUUCAAGAAUGACCAGUGGACAUGGGAGAACAUCAGAGACACGGCUGCACCAGUAGUGCCUGAGCUGAGCAGCGACGUUGACACCAGUAACUUCGAUGACAUCGAGGAGGACCGGGGGGAGGAGGAGACUUUCCCCACACCCAAAGCCUUCGUGGGCAACCAGCUGCCCUUCGUAGGCUUCACUUACUACAGCAGUCAGCACUUGAUGCGCAGCUCUCCUGCCAACGCAAAGACCGCUGACAAACGUAACAGCCUCACAAAAGAAGACAAGAGUCAUCUGGAGAACCUGCAGAAGAGGAUCUUCCAGCUGGAGGAGCAGCUCCACAGUGAGAUGCAGCUGAAGGAUGAGUUGGAGCAGAAAUGCAGGACAUCAAACACCAAGAUCGAGAAGAUAAUAAAAGAACUGGAUGAAGAGGCGAACCAGAGGAAGAGUGCAGAGGCCGGCGUGUCUCAGCUGGAGAAGGACAAGAUCAUGCUGCAGCACAGAUUCACGGAGUACCAAAGAAAAGCUGACCAGGAUGCAGAGAAGAGACGCAAUCUGGAGAAUGAGGUUUCAACUUUGAAGGAGCAGCUUGAGGACAUGAGGAAAAUCAGCCAGAACUCUCAAGCCUCAAAUGACAAGAUCAUACAGCUGCAGAAUCAGAUGGAAGAGGCCAAUGACCUCCUGCGUGCAGAGUCAGACACCGCUGCGAGGCUGAGGAAGAGCCACACGGAGAUGGCCAAGUCCAUGAGCCAGCUGGAGAGCUUGAACCGCGAGCUGCAGGAGAGGAGCCAUGCAGUGGAAGGGGAGAAGGCCCAGCUGGAGAAGGAGCUCCUGUUGCUUCAAAGCAACCUGGACUCCGAGAGGAGGAACUACAACCUGGGCUCUGAGGAAAUGAUGGAGCUGCAAGCGAGGAUGGCAGGGCUGCAAGAGGACAACAAAAACUUGAAGCACAGCCUCUCUAAAGUGGAGUCGGAUCGCAAACAGGCCCAGGAGAGGAGCAAUAACCUGGAGAAGGAAAAGAACAACCUGGAGAUCGACCUGAACUACAAACUGAAGACCUUGCAGCAGCGUCUGGAGCAGGAGCAGACUGAGCACAGGGUGACGCGGGCGCAGCUCACUGACAAAUAUGAGUCUAUCGAAGAGGCUAAAUCAGCUGCCACGAACGCUGUCCAGCAGAAGAUGUCGGAGGAGACUGGAUCGAGGAUGCGAGCGGAGAGCAGGAUAGUGGAGGUUGAGAAACAGUGCUCAAUGUUGGAGUUUGACCUCAAGCAGUCUGUGCAGAAGAUGGAGCAGCUGAUGAAGCAAAAAGAAAGGCUGGAAGAUGAGGUGAAGAACCUGCGAAUACAUGGAGAACAGGAGUCGAGCAAGCGUGUGCAGUCUCAGAACGACCUGAAGACUCGCACGCAGGAGGUGGACCGGGUGCGGUGUUCAGAGAAGCAGGUCAAACAGGAGCUCAACACGGCGCUGGAGAGCAAACGCUCGCUGGAGUUCCAACUGGCACAGCUGACCAAACAAUACAGAGGCAAUGAGGGACAGAUGAGGGAACUUCAGGACCAGCUUGAGGCCGAACAGUAUUUUUCUACGCUUUACAAAACUCAGGUAAAGGAACUCAAAGAGGACAUUGAGGAAAAGAACCGGCAGGUACAGGACACUCAUAAAAAGGUGCAGGAUCUGUGCAGUGAAAGGGACUCCCUGUCUGCCCAGCUGGAUCUGACAGUGACCAAGGCCGAGUCAGAGCAGCUCGCCCGGGCUCUUCAGGAGGAGCAGUACUUUGAGCUCAGCCAGGAGAACAAGAAGUCGACAAGUAGACAUAAGCAGGAGAUAGGGGAGAAGGAGUCUACUAUUACACGGCUUGAGGAAUCCAAUAAAACUCUGACCAAAGAUGUGGAGAUCCUCAGCAAAGAGAAGUCGGACUUAAGUGAGAAGCUGAACACUCAGAAUGAAGAGUAUGAAGCUCAGAAGGACGAGAUUGCAAAUACAAUCAGGGCCAACUAUGAGAAGGUCCUCAACACAGAGCGCACACUGAAGACUCAGGCGGUGAACAAGCUGGCCGAGAUCAUGAACCGCAAGGACAUGAAGCUGGACCACAAGAAGAAGGGCAGCACUGCCGACCUGCGGAAGAAGGAGAAGGAGAACCGCAAGCUUCAGCUGGAUCUGAACCAGGAGAAGGAGAAGUUUAACCACAUGGCCAUCAAGUACCAGAAGGAGUUGAGCGAGAUGCAGGCUCAACUGGCAGAGGAGUGCACGUAUCGCAACGAGCUGCAAAUGCAGCUGGACAGCAAGGAGAGCGACAUCGAGCAGCUUCGGGAGAAACUGAACGACCUGCAGCAGCGCAUGGAUAACUCAAGCGUCACCAGCUUGCUGACUGAUGAGACAGACAGCAACCUCGCAGAAUCCAGAUUGGAGGGUUGGCUGUCUAUUCCUAACCGUGCUAAUAUCAAGCGCUACGGGUGGAAGAAGCAGUAUGUGGUGGUGAGCAGCAAGAAGAUUCUGUUCUACAACGAUGAGCAGGAUAAGGAGCAGUCCAAUCCCUCAAUGGUACUAGAUAUCGACAAACUGUUCCACGUGAGACCAGUCACACAGGGAGACGUGUACCGAGCCGAGACAGAAGAAAUUCCAAGAAUAUUCCAGAUUCUGUAUGCCAACGAGGGAGAGUGCAGGAAGGAGGCGGACAUGGAGACAGUGCCUCAGGGUGACAAGACCAACUGUCUCCCACACAAAGGCCACGAGUUCAUCCCCACACUAUAUCACUUCCCUUCCAACUGUGAGGCCUGCUCCAAGCCUCUGUGGCACGUUUUCAAGCCGCCUCCGGCCCUGGAGUGCCGCCGCUGCCACGUCAAGUGCCACAAGGACCACCUCGACAAAAAGGAGGAUGUUAUUGCUCCUUGCAAAAUAAACUAUGAUGUGACCUCUGCCCGGGACAUGCUCCUGCUGGCCCUGACCCAGGAUGAGCAGAAGAAAUGGAUUGGCCACCUUGGAAAGAAGAUUCCCAAGACCCCACCAUCCACAUUUUCAAGAGCCUCACCUCGUUCCAUGUCCACUCGCUCUGGACCAAACCAGUCCUUCCGCAAGAACCCUAAAAGCAAUACAGGAAAGCUGAGCAGAGCGCAGUCCAGCCUCCAAGCAGCAGACACAACAUCCAGCACUUGUUGACAGGAACUUCUUCACAAAGUGUUGAUUUUUAGAUUUUUCUCUACAGCUUUAAAACCCGUCUAUUUAUUAAUUGUGUAACUGGGUGUUUCUAACACCAGACACUUCCUGGUUGGUUGCUUGGUUGCUUGGUUGACUCCUGGGCUCUUUCCAGUUGACACUUGGGAUAUUUCUAAUUGGCACUAAUGUGUUGUCGGGUUCAGGAACUAACUCAUGGACUUACUAUAAAACUCUUCCUGAGAAUGAUCCACAUUAAGGAUGGUUACAUUACCUCUUGAACAUGAUGCAAAGGUGUUAACGGUGUUGCAGUGUAAGUUGACUUAGAUUGGGAUACUAACCAAGGCAAAGAUAAUGUCGCUCUUUUACUGGACACCUGUCUCUGUUUCUUUUGUUUCAGCUAACCAUCUGAACCCUUUGGAUUUUUUUCUGGACUCUAAACUUUCCCUCAUUCCUCAUUCUCAAAAAAACAACAACUGGGAAACCUGAAUUACAUAGAAAAUUAAUUAAAAAGAAAAAAUAUAUCAAUAAAUAUCCAGCGCUGGAAGAUUACAACACAAGCAAGGCAUCAUGGACAAUAAGAGGCCUGAUACCCACCUCCAUCACCUUUCCACAUACAGAAGAUAACAGUCAUUCAACUCAACCAUCUUGCAGCUCUCCAUUUCUACCAGAAGAUGGCGCACUCGUCUUUGCCUAAAGAUGGACGGUGGAGCGAUAGAGGGACUCAUGUCAUGGAGACAUACUGUGUUUCAUGUUAUAUGACAGUUGUAAUUGAAAUGGGAAGGAUAAUGGGGGUUUUGCUGGGACUCCUGCAAGUAUGUGUUCAGUUUAAGGUACCGUCAUACAGGGAUUGCGGAUCUGCAGUGAGUGCUUGUGUCUUAAGGGUGGAAAAUGAAUAUCUAUUUUGUAAUUUUUUCCCCCCUCACAUGACAUAUUCUCAAGCUAAUGCAAGCAUACUUCUGUUUUCAGGAACAAACAAAAAAGACAGAUGCCUUUAUGUCAUAUCUCUGGCCUUUUUGCCUUUAUUCUUAUCACUCUGCAAGUCACUUAUCAGGUUUUGGACAUUGGGACAUAAAGUAUUAGAUGUUUUGAGUAUUGAGUGAGGAGCAUGCAAGAUCAUCAUUUAAAUCUAUGCAUUAUUUUUAUUAUUAUAAUUAUUUUUAUUGCUCCAAGCCAUAAGGAAUAUUCCAUUGUAAUGGCAUAUAGGAGUCUUAAAACUUAAUUGAUUUUUUUCUGUUUAUUUGGUACAUUGUCAUUUUUUUCUUGUAUUGUUUUUUUUUUUGUAAUGUAUUGCCUUACAUUGAUUCAUAGAUACAUGGUUCAAAAGGAAAACAUUAAGUUAACAAAUGUAAAACUGCACUGUUUGAAUUGUAAAUUAUUUGUAGACUAAACAGGUGUAGCAUUUGGCCCACCUAGUGCCUUAACGUUUGGAUAUUGAUUUUACUGCCAUAUCUGUUUUUCUUUUCUCCAAAACAAGACAAAUCUCAACUCUUCCAUCAUUUAGUUUUUUAAGAAAUUGCCACACACGUGGUUUUAUUGGAGCCUAUUUUCUCUGGUUUGAGUAUAUAAAAUAUAUAUAUUAGAUUACCUCUUUAAGAACACUUUGCAAUAGAGAUUGCGUGUCAAAACAGAGUCCCUAGCAUUGGUUCAUAUCAUAAGACAAAUUUCGGGAUGGUGUACCUAAAGCGAGCCCACGUGUCAUUGAUUGUCCUUGUUAACAAUCACAAGUUGUUUCUCUUAACAUGGUAAUGUCCCGUUAAUGCAAACCCCCUACAGUGUAUAUAAUGAGAGAGACAUAAGGAUUAUGGCAUACUUCCGCAAUCUUUUUAUUUGUAACUUUGUGUUCAGUUAAAAAAAAAAAAAAGCACUGGAACUAUGAUCUAUUCUUGUCUUGGAUAAUUUGCAUGGUUAAUUGCAUUGAAGUCCGCACUGAUGGAUAUGUCAAUAAACAUAUCUUUAUCAUU